UUCGGAAUCCUCACAACAAACAAUGCAAACACCAAGUUUUCCUGCAUCGCAUCGCAUCGCAACAUCUUGCCCAUCUCCACCACCAACCAUGCAAUAAAUAACCACAAUGUCGCUCUACUACGACGCCGUGUCUAUGCUCACGGCGCCUGCCACCGGCGGCUCUUUCAAAUCGCGCAUCUACACCGCGCGCAACAUCAAGUCCUCCCCGGCGCAAGUCUACGCCCUGAUCAUCGAAGCUUCAAAAUGGGACAUUCUCCUCAAAGAAGUCAUUGAGGCUGCAGGGAUCCUGAAACUGGAACCAAAGCUAACCCCCCUCCUCUCCCUCCUCCUCGUCCACGACCACCUCCUCACUAAAUCCGGCCUCGCCGCAACCUCCACCCACCCCCUCCGCCUCGCCAUCGAGCGUCACAAAACCCGUCUCCGCGGCGAAUUCACCAAAGCGCGCGUCCGUCGCGGCUGCGCCUCCAUCCCGGACCUCAAAGAUGCAAUCCAAAAGGAAAAACUCGCCCUCCAAGGCCCCCUCACAUCCAUCUACCCCCGCUGGGUCCGCAUCAACAACAUCCUCACCACCAUGUCGCACCAACUGUCCACCACCUUCGCGGGCUACGAGCGCGUCCAUACCCUCGCGGACCUCGUCAUCCCCGGCCGCAAAACCAUGCUCAUCGACCCCCACGUACCCGACCUAAUCGCCGUGGCACCCGGCACGGAAUUCAUCACCUCAGCAGCGUACAAGAACGGCGAAAUCAUCCUCCAAGAUAAAGCCAGUUGCUUCCCGGCAUAUCUCCUCAUCGGCGACAACACAUGGACCGAAGGCGGACUAUUAGACGGAUGCGCCGCCCCAGGCAACAAAACCACCCACAUGGCCUCCCUCCUCUCCAAAUCCUCCCCCACCGAAAACUCCCAAACCAAAGAAACCCAGGAAAAAUACCACGUCUACUCAAUGGACCAAUCGCAACUCCGCGCCAAAACCCUCCAGAAGAUGGUCACCACCGCCGGCGCCGAUAAAAUGGUCACCGUGCUCGCAGGACAAGACUUCCUCGCCCUCGACCCGCAAGAUCCCCGCUUCGAGAACGUCAGCGGUCUUCUCCUCGACCCUAGUUGCUCGGGAAGUGGUAUCAUCGGCCGAGAUGAUGUCCCUAAGCUCGUUCUCCCGGAAUCCACCUCCAGUUCAUCUACAUCUUUCUCCGCAGGCGGCAAAAAACGCAAACGCAGACCCGACGACGAAGGCACAAGCAACCGAACCAAAACCCCCACAACCCCCACCCCCACCUCCGCAACCGACGAAAACGACGUUUCCGUCUCCGGAACAGAUACCGAGCGACUGGUUAAACUCUCCAAUCUGCAGACGCGGAUCGUGGAACACGCGCUGAGUUUCCCGGCCGCGACGCGGGUGACGUAUAGUACGUGCUCGAUCCAUUUAUUGGAGAAUGAGGCGGUGGUGUCAAGGAUCUUGGCGUCGGAGGUGGCGAAGAGGCGGAGGUGGAGGGUGUUGAGGAGGGAGGAGCAGCCGGUGGGCAUGAGGAAGUGGAAGUAUAGGGGGAUUAGGAAGGAUCGGGGGGAGGGUGAGGGUGGGAAGGGGGUGGAGGUGGAUGUGAAUUUGUCGGAUGAGGAGUUGGAGGGGUGUUUAAGGUGUUGGCCUGGGGAUGAAGAGGGGACGGGAGGGUUCUUUGUGGCCGGGUUUGUGAGGGAUGGAGAUGUUGAAGAUGGGAAUGGGGCUGAGUAUCAACGUAAGGAUCAGGGUCAAGAUCAGGACGAUGAUGACGAGGAAGAGGAGGAUGACGAGUGGGAGGGAUUCUCGGAUUGA